AUGCCGGAUGGGAGGUUCCUGCAGCCGGCGCUAUUUGGUCUCGGUGAGGAAGACCUUGAGUGGGCGUUGCGUACGCGAAAUGAAAAGGAACCGAAAGCCGAGAGUUCGAAGUGGAGCAAAGAAUCAGUACAAGGAGUUCGAAGUGGAGCGAGGAAUCAGUACAAGGGGUCGCACUGA